AUGAAAAUAAUUCAAAUUUAUUCAAUCCUCACUAUAUAUCUUAUACUCUUUGUGGCAUUGCUGACUGAUGCUAAACUCCAAUGUGAAGAGGUAUCUAGAGCGCUCAAAAGAAAUGAACCUAUUGAUUAUAAUGUUGCUAAGAAAUGCAUUGAAAGUUUUACUUUUGAUGCUAGGUUUGCUAAUAAAACCAUUGAUUCUGUGUUACACUUCAUGCUAAAUCAUUAUCCUUUCAUUAACCGGGCCAAAAAAAAGCCACCAAGAGGAUUUACUUAUCAACCUGUGGACAUAGCAAAAGAAUUAAAGUUGUUACGUAAAAAAACUUUCAAAUCAGAUUAUGACUUUCGACCAUCAAAUAUUGACUGUGAAGUUACUAAAAUUGGAGGAAAACCCGCGUUACAAGCAAUGAUUGACUUUGCAAAUGAUAAAAUUGCAUCUUCAAAAGAUCUGGGUGUCCGAUUUAAUAUGGCUUUGGCUCCUAGUAUAGAAACGUUUUCACAAAAAUUUACUUUACGAGAAGAUUUUCCUGAAACACCUAGUAUCACUUAUAACUUAGAAUGUCCAAAAAAAACACCUUUUACACUAGAAAGAAAAUGGAAUAUUACAUAUAAUAAUGGAUUUAAUCUUUUUAAUAUCUUUUGUUUAGAACAAAAUAAUAUUACUGCUUUUGCACUUAAUGAUAACUUUGCAUCAAGUAGUAAAAUUACAGAAUUAGCAACAGCUACAAAAUUAACAUCAGAUGAUGGAAAAAACAAAGUUGGUAUUGCUGUAAUUACUGAAGAAAAACAAAAGCUUGAAAUUAUACUAAAAAAUGGUUUCCAAGAAUUAAAAAAUCGAGGUGCAAAAAAUAAUGCUAGUGAGUUUAUUGGAUCUCGAGAAAAACGAACUUCAAACCUGUAUCUUAAUGCUUUGACAUCUGAUGAAGAGAAAAUACUCACAUUUUUUUCUGAAAUUUAUAAUAUUAAGACAAUUGCCGUUGGUGGUCUUUUAGACACUCAAAUGUCAUUUUCCACUUUUCCUGGCGGUGAAGUUCAAUCUCUUAAUGUUAUUUCAGAAUUUUCUGGUGAUAAUGUUACUGAUGUUCCAGGAAUAAACGCACUUACUUUUACUAUAAGAGAAGCUUACGAUAUUGACAAAAAUGGUACUGUAAAAGACAUAUUAGAGUAUUCAUAUAAACCCGCUAAUUGUAGACUUUAUUAUUAUUAG